AUGGAGUACAUUCAGUAUUUCACGUAUUUUUUAGUUUUAGUUUAUCAUUUUAACCGUAAUGUACUUGUGGAAAGCGCCAUGACCACAAAGAAGACAGAGUUAGAAUGCGAAUUCCCGCCUAAAAUGGAAGAAGAUCUCACUCACGUAAGGAGAAAAAGACUAACGACUGAGACUGGAUUAGUUUGUCUAGAAGACUAUCCCUAUACGGUAUCUGUAAGGCUACAUGGAAAACACUGGUGCGGUGGAGCGAUUGUUGGAAAAGUGUGGAUACUCACUGCAGCACAGUGUUUCGACUACGUCACAAAAGAAGAAGUAUCAGUUCGGAUGGGAUCCGUAUUCAGAGAUUUUGGCGGAAGAAUAUUGUCAGUUGUUGAGAUCAAGAGACACCCUGACUACAGGAUGGAUCAGUACUAUCCUGAACAUAACUUAGCCAUGGUCAAGGUGAAUCUGCCGAUAACUGAAAACAGCAGAAUGCAGGUCGUAUCAUUAGCAGUCCCUGAUGCUGAUCUACCACCGCUGUUCGGAGAAACUGUCGUUACUGGAUAUGGUUCUGUGGUGACUGGACAAAUUCGAGAAGGAGAGAAUCAAGAAUUGCGACGAAUGAUUGUACGAGAAAUAUCCCGAAGCGAAUGUCGUUUGAUUUAUGGGAAUGAUUAUCAUUUACAACAUGACAAUAUGUGCUUAGAGAGCGUUAUAAAGGGCGUUGCGUUAUGUGCCGGUGACACAGGUGAUCCGGCGGUUCAUUUUAGUGGACUGAAUCGCGCAGGCACACUUUACGGCAUAGCACUAUUUUCCGGCACUGAAGAGUGCGCCUACAAAUCGAAACCAGGAGUUUUUGCUAAGGUUGCAUACAGUCGAUUAUGGAUUGACAAAGUGCUUGGAGACAUACCUGAUCAUCCGGAAAGUGCUGACAGUACAGAAAAUCUUAUCCCAGUCGAUAUAAAAUAA